UUAACACCAAGGUGUGGAAGUGGCACCUCAUAAACAGUGACUUUUCGCACAUGCCAAAUGAUAAACUCCAGGCUCUCAUCACAAACAACCACAUACCUUCAGCAAAUAUUGCCAACAAAAUCAAUCACCACGGGAUCGACUACUGCUUCACUGACUACUCCAACUGCAAUCAUCCUGCAAGUGAUACAGACAACUUGGUUAAGAUCAACCACGACGAUAACGACCCGCUCGCUGACUGGAACAUCUUUACGGACGGUGCUAGGAAUGACCUGGGCACUGGUGCGGCGUUUGUCAUAUACGAAACCUCUAAAAAUAGUGUUGUCCAUGAAGAACUCCACAAACUCUCCACCCAUUGUUCAAACAAUCAGGCGGAGUUAUGGGCAAUGUUUAAGGCCCUCUCCCUUGUCACCAAGAACCUCCGCAGGUUCAAAGGGAAUAUCGACUUUUUCACCGAUAGUAGGUACGUCCUCAACGUAAUCAAGGGGACAAAGAAGCUUACUGCAACUGGCAUCAAGCUGCACAAUCUUGCCAAGAACUUAGACAGCUACAGGAAUAUCUCCUUUAAGUGGGUCCCCGGGCAUUCGAACAUAGAAGGCAACGAGAAAGCCGAUAAACUGGCCAAAAAAGCAGCGGAGCUAAUGACUAAUCCAUCCUUCGGGCUGAUACCAAUCAGCUAUAUUAACCAACACAUUCACGACAACAGCAUUAAACUCUGGGAAGAAGAAUGGAACAACUCCGAAACAGGCAGAACUACUUUCAGUUUUCUGCCUUCAAUUCGGAAGCGCCAGAAGUAUAACUACAUCACUCCUUCCUUCUUCAUGACGCAGUGCCUAACAGGACACGGAAACAUUCCGACGUACCUCCACAGGAUUGGGAGGCGAAACACCGACGUGUGCACCUGUGACAAUCAAUCUGUGGGCAACAUCCUCCACAUCCUCUUCAACUGCCCGCGCUACGAAGCCAACAGAAGAGACCUAAAAACCUUUUGCAUUACACACGGACAAUCGUGGCCACCAAGGCUGGACUAUUUGUGCGCCUACAAAGGAAGCUUCGAGCAUCUCCAAAAAUUAGUAAAUAACUGUAACGCUUUCCAAAAUGACUUCUCCGGGCACCGAGCUCAUUGUGACUCCAGCAACUGAUUCGACGCCGCAUCAUCUCAGCUAUGUAAACCUCAAUGUAAUCUCUGUGCACAAUUGCUUAUUAUUUUACUCUGUGUUUCCACGUAACCGCU